CGCGGGCGCGGCAUGCCGGCGCCCGUGGUGCUGAACGUGGGCGGCGCGCGCUACGCGCUGGCCCGCGAGCGCCUCAAGGACUUCCCGCUGCGGCGCGUGAGCCGCCUGCACGGCUGCCGCUCGGAGCGCGACGUGCUGGAGCUGUGCGACGACUACGACCGCGAGCGCAACGAGUACUUCUUCGACCGGCACCCGGAGGCCUUCGGCUUCAUCCUGCUGUACGCGCGCGGCCACGGCAAGCUGCGCUUCGCGCCGCGGAUGUGCGAGCUGUCCUUCUACCACGAGAUGCUCUACUGGGGGCUGGACGGCGCGCACCUGGACUUCUGCUGCCAGCGCCGCCUGGACGAGCGCCUGGCCGCCGCCCCGCCCGGCGCGCGCGCCCCGCCCGCGCCCCCCGCCGCGCCCCCCGCCGCGCCCCCCGCCGCGGCCCCGCGCUGGCUCGAGCGCAUGCGGCGCACCUUCGAGGAGCCCACGUCGUCGCGGGCCGCGCGGGUGCUGGCCGGCGUGUCCGUGCUCUUCGUCAUCGUGUCCAUGGUGGUGCUGUGCGCCAGCACGCUGCCCGACUGGCGCGCCGCGGCCGCCGACGACCGCAGCCUGGAGGAGCGGAGCAGGGUCAUCGAGGCCGUCUGCAUCGGCUGGUUCACGGCCGAGUGCGUCGUGCGCUUCGUGGUCUCCCGGGACAAGUGUGAGUUCGUCCGGCGGCCGCUGAACAUCAUCGACCUGCUGGCCAUCGCGCCCUACUACGUGUCGGUGCUGGUGACGGUGCUGACGGGCGAGAACUCGCAGCUGCAGCGGGCGGGCGUCACCCUGCGCGUGCUGCGCAUGAUGCGGAUCUUCUGGGUCAUCAAGCUGGCCCGCCACUUCAUCGGGCUGCAGACGCUGGGCCUGACGCUGCGGCGCUGCUACCGCGAGAUGGCCAUGCUGGUGCUCUUCGUCGGCGUGGCCAUGGCCGUCUUCGGCGCGCUCUCGCAGCUGCUGGAGCACGGGCUGGACCUGGAGGCCUCCAACAAGGACUUCGCCAGCAUCCCGGCCGCCUGCUGGUGGGUGAUCAUCUCCAUGACGACCGUGGGCUACGGGGACAUGUACCCGGUCACGGUGCCCGGCAGGGUCCUCGGCGGGGUGUGUGUGGUCAGCGGGAUCGUGCUCCUGGCGCUCCCCAUCACCUUCAUCUACCACAGUUUUGUGCAGUGCUACCAUGAGCUCAAGGUCCGCUCCGCCCGCUGCGGGAGGAGCCUCUCGGCAGAGUUCCUGGGCUGA